AUGGACAAAGUUGCUGCAAUGAAGUCUGAUACUCUGCCUCAUCUGGACGACAGCAGGAGAGCUGAGGAGAGGAGCAGGCUGAACACUGCAGACUCACCUCAGACGAGUUUAACAGAUGGACAGAACACAGACCCGCUGCAAUGCCAGGAGACUUCUGAAAACAGCUCUGCCUUAAAGUACAGAAGAUAUGGGUCUCGUCUGAGUGGAGUCAAAGUUCGCCACAAGAGACAGGUGCUGCAGGACAUGGCUCGGCCACUGAAACACUGGCUGUACAAGCACCGCGACAACCCCUACCCAACAAAGACCGAGAAGGUCCUUCUUGCUCUGGGCUCACAUAUGACGCUAGUACAGGUCUCCAACUGGUUUGCAAAUGCCAGACGAAGGCUGAAGAACACUGUGAGGCAGCCAGACCUAAGCUGGGCCGUGAGGAUCAAACUGUACAAUAAGUACAUCCAGGGAAACGCUGAAAGGCUGAGUGUGUGCAGUGAUGACACAGAAUCAGAUGAUGAAGAGUGUACACUACAGCCUAUCAGCCAGUCAAACUUUGGCAGGUCGUCUUCUCACAAGGGUGUGCUUGAGAAACAAGGCAGCGUCCUCGCCAUUGCUGACUGCACCAACAGCGAUGACAACACAUCUCCUCCAUCCAAGUACAAGAGCAGCUUACUGAAUCGCUAUCUGAACGACACUCUGCGACACGUGAUGGCAGCAAAAGCCGACGGGAUCGCCUCAACAUGCAAAAGGAGAAGCCACUCUGAGUCGUUCAGCUCCAAUGAAUGUGAUCAAGAUGUUGUCUCUCCGGCUUCGUCCUAUGAGACAGAGGCCAACUUCAUCUACCAAAUGGGUGAGAGAUAUACAGUUGAUUAUACUUCAACUAAGACUGACAGGGACCAGAAGCAGAGCCGGAGCCCACAAGGAUGUGACCAAGGCUGGAGGGAGAUCCAUGCCGCUGUGGCCCUCACCAGCUUAGCACGGGGGCAGAGUUCCACCGCAGACCAGAGCAGCACUCCUGUGCCCAGCGCUGCCAUGGGGCAGAGCUGUGCCAGAGAUCCUGUCUGCUUAUCAACGACCACUAUAACAGACAGGAUGUGGGUCAGCGGACCUGCAACAGGCCUGACGCAGAGCACAGGGACCACUCUCACAAGCCGCAUCAUCCAGAAAUCCUGUCAUAUCUCUGAGGUUCAGACUGUCAAAGUUACCCUGGCAAACAGCAGAUAGGCCCG